UAGGAGGCUGGAUGAUUACUCGCGUAGCCCUCGCUAUGAGGCCGAUCGGGGUAGAGGCGACUCUCGAGGCCGGUGGGAGUCAGAUCAGGGCCGACGAGAUGGAUACAGGGACAGCAGAUAUGAGAGAUCAGACCGGAAUGGAUAUAGGGACGGAAGAUAUGAGAGGACGGAUCGAGAUGGAUACAGAGGUGGCGGAUAUGAGAGAGGAGAUCGAGACGGGGACCGACGAGACGACUCGCGCGGACGAUAUGACAGAGGGGGAUACGCGAGAGAGCAGCGCAACGAUUCACGGGGGUGGUACAACCGAGGAGAUCGACGCGAUGAGUUACGCGGGCGAUAUGAUACUGGAGACCGCCGAAACGAUUCACGAGGACGAUAUGAGCCAGGAGGAUCUGGAGGAGACCGCCACAAUGAUUCGCGCGGAUGCUCCUACUGUAGCACUAACGGGGAUGACUGCUAGAGCGGAUCGCAUGGCGACAGUCCUUCUUGAUGGGAUGGAAGGUGUGCCUCCAGACAAGUUUUACAUACUUGGUAGUGGGGCUGUAGAAGCGAUCAUAAACGAUGGAGCGGUACUAGAUGUUGUGAUCGAUAACGGCAGUGAGGCUGUCAUUAUAGACGAGGAUCUGGCAGUGCAGGUUGGACUGGGCCUCGAUAGGUCAUACCUAUUCGAGAUAGAGACGGCUGAUGGGAGAAAACAACAGAUCAACGGGGUUUGUCACAAGGCAGCCAUAGAGGUCCAAGGGGUACGAGUGUCCCUGCCUGUCUUUGCAGUCAAGAACUGCUGCUCCGAUCUGCUCUUGGGACGAACGUGGUUGAGCCACGUGCAUGCGGUAACGAUAGAGCGACCGGACGGGAGCCAGACAUUGUCCAUUGAGAAACUAGAUGGGACGCGGGUUAUGAUUGAGACGGUGGAUCCUCGAGACCCGAGGAACAGAGCAGCUCUCGCUGUGAGAGCGGGACCCGGUGAUCAGAUUAAGUCAUUACCUAUUUUCGGUCGCACAGUGCGAUUUCGCGAAAAGAAGUAUGGAUCAAUGCUCACAGAGGAAGAAGGUCGGAUCAUGGAAGUGGAAGAUUUAGGGAGUUGGCUGAUAGUGGACGGCAACUCGUACCCAAAGGAGACAGAUGAGGAAUUUGGCGGUGUGGUAUCCGUGUCUUUUUUAAGGGCACGGCCCCCUAUGGGGGGCUACCCAAGCGAUACAAGCGAGUAGCUUAAAAAGUUAAGCCAGCGGCGGUGGGUCGCGAGCAAUCUGCAC